CAAAAAUAGGCAAAUAGCCUUUUAUGACUUUUGAAAAUAUUAAUUAAUAUUUUAUAAACAGUUCAUCCCAGCAUGGCAAUUUGAUGGAUGGGUUUUAUUUGUUGUUGCCACGAAAGCAAGAUGGCGUCCUUCAAAAGAGUCGUUUUUGUUUUGACUAUUUUAUUCUCAAAAAUAACAAGCAAACCGGUCAACAAAAGCGGUGUAAAGAUAUUAAACAAAGGCCUGUUACCACAAGACCAUAUCCCCGCAGUUAAACUGGAACGAGACGGUCAUAUUAAUCCCGUAUUUCACCACGAAGCAUUCUUGGGGCGACUUGUUGACGAGGGCAAACUUAACCUAAAAGACUUGGACGGUUCGAAAAAGUUGAUCGAGAUUUUUCAUAAAGUAGACAUAAAUGGAAACCACAACGUUGAUAGACAAGAGCUGGCCAAGUGGAUACAUGAAAGAAUCCAGGAGCAUUACGACUAUGCAUUGAAAGUGAAUAAUGAUAAUUUUAAAAAAGCGGACCAGAAUAAUGACGGGAUUUUGAGCUUACGUGAGUACAUGCAAGGCUUGACCAAAGAUGAUCAGGUUGAAAAUGAUGCUUUGAAACUUGGAGAGCAAUCAGGUUUGAUUAACGUUUAGUUUUUUUGGGUUUUUGAAUGUAUAAGUAUGAAGAAUUUAGACUGUGUAUGUAGUGCUCUAGCCUAUAGUGCCAACUUGUAAAACUGCGUAACCUGGUUACCUGCUGAUAUUGGCAGGUAUGUGUUAGAUUACAAAAUAUUUGCAUUUAUUUAGUUGUAGAUUUUGUAAAUACUUAACCUUCCUUAAAUAACCUUUUAAUGGUGAUGGUGGUGGCGAGGAUGAUGAUGGUGGUGAUAAUGGUGAUGUGUUGAUGAUUAUGGUGGUAGGGGAUGUGGUGAUUAUGAUAAUGGUGGUGGGUAUGGUGGUGAUGAUGAUGGUACUGUGGUGAUGAUGGUGGUUGUGAAGGUGGUCAUGAUGGGGAUGAUGAUGUUGGUGAUGGUGAUGGUGUUAGUGAUGGUAGUGGUGAUGUUAGUGGUAGUGAUGAUGAUAGUGAUGAUGAUGAUGGUGGUGUUAGUGGUGGUGGUGUUAGUGGUGGUGGUGAUGAUGAUGGUGGUGGUACUGGUGGUGCUGGUGAUGAUGGUGGUGUUAGUGAUCGUGGUGUUAGUGGUGGUGAUGAUGAUGGUGGUGAUGGUGAUGAUGGUGGUGUUAGUGAUGAUGAUGGUGAUGAUGGUGGUGUUAGUGAUGAUGAUGGUGAUGAUGGUGGUGUUAGUGAUGGUGGUGUUAGUGGUGGUGAUGAUGAUGGUGAUGAUGGUGGUGUUAGUGAUGGUGGUGUUAGUGAUGAUGGUGGUGAUGAUGGUGGUGUUAGUGAUGGUGGUGUUAGUGGUUGUGGUGGUGAUGAUGAUGGUGAUGCUGGUGAUAGUGUUGGUGAUAUUGGUGAUGAUGGUAGUGAUGAUGGUGGUGAUGGUGGUUGACCAACACAUUGACUGUCUGAUGUACCAUCUGACUGACUGUCCAACCAAGUAACUACAGUAGCAGACCAAUUUUACUGACUGACCCACUGGCUGAAUCACUGCCCAGGGUGACAUGAUAGAGAAAAAAUCUCAUUGGGUUACCAAAACAUUUGCAGAAGAGGAAUUAAAAGGUUUAAUGGAAGAGAUAAUGUCUGAAGAUCUAAAGAGAUGGAACAAAGCAGACAGAAACAAAGACUCAAAGUUAAGUCAAGAUGAAUUUCUAUCAUUUCAACAUCCAGAACAUAAUGAACAGUCAAUUGAGGCAAUGGCUGAAGACCUCAUGGCGCAGAUGGAUGACGACAGAGAUCUGGUAAGUAAUGCCCCGCAGAGGCGGAUCUGGCCUCAUCUGCAAAGAGGGGUGCAGAUUUUUCAUGGAUUGGUGCAUGAAGAAGCCUUACUGCCCACUCUCCUCUUAUAAGAAUAUAUCUAAUAUUUAAUAAUUCACUAAAAUAGCAAGAUAAUGCUUAUACAACGUUUUCAUAAAAUGUUUGAUUGUUCCACGUUUCUCAUAAAUUGCAUCCAGAUUGUUCCAGUUAUUUAUAAACAUAAUUUAUUAAAAUUAAUAUUUUUAGAAGUUGUCUGUGGAUGAAUUUGUUCGUGUUCCACCAGGCGAGGUGGAUGACCCAGAGGAAAAAGCCGAAGAUGACAGAUAUUUUAAUGAGUACGUAACAACUAAGUUCCAAUGGAUGAUUUCAGCUGAAGACUAAAUUUUUAUCAAGGCAAGAAGAACGAAAUCCAACACCACGUCUAGAAAGAGCAUCUUAGAAUGAGUAAAACUGCAAAGAUUGUAUACACGGCUAUAUUUUCCUCAUUUUACAACAAUUCGCAACCAAACUUUGCAAUUUUACUCAUUUUAAGAUGCUCUUUCCAGCAAUAUGGUAGCCCUUGUAGCAGGCGUUUAGUGCGGGCGGGAGAAGAGAGGGCGUCGUUAAAUAUUAAAACGCCUGCCCAAAUGCCUAUGAUUAAUUUGUUCUUCGAAGAAUCUUCGGAAAAGCUUCCCAUUGGUCAAUCUUGUUAACGGAAGUAAUUACGUAAUUCAAAUGCCAACAAUAAUUUUGCUCGCGCUCUCGAUUUUCUCUACAUACACAACGUUUUUGAAGCAAUUUAAAAACAUUCGCAGUGCGUGUUUUAUCAGAUAAAACACUGCUGCUCAUGUUUUAAAUGGUACAUAAAAUCUCUGCAAAUCUUCCUAGUUGCCGAGUAAAAAGCAUGCAUGAUGCUAAAUAUAAAUCUCGACUAUGAUUGGAUAAUGGGUGAAGGUGCUAAUUACAAAACGUCAAUCAUCCUUAAUGGGCGAAAACAAAUUUGUCAUAGCCAUUUGGGCAGGCGUUUCCUCUUUUCCCGCCCGUACUAAACGCCUGCUACGCAGGCUAGCAAUAUGGUAAUGGUUUCGUUCUUCUUGUUUAGAUCAAAAUUUCGUCAAAAGCUCAAAUCAUCCAUUAAAUCAAUGAUUGUACUACUACAUAGUUACUGUAAUACGCACCUUGGCUAUUCAGCCUCGUUUUCGUAUAAGAGUUAUUCUCAAUUAGAUAAUUCUAAAACUUAGGUACUGUACCUUUGUUCUAUUUUAUGCUUCUACAGAAGCACUAGAACAAUAGCUACCUAGGCAUGUGAUCUAAAGUUGUGAAUUGGUUAUAAACAAACGUUAGCCAAAUUUGUCACGUGAGAAUCCUCAGACGAGAAAGAGUUUUUAAUUCUUCUUUAAAUAUCGACAGGAGAAGAAGCGAAUUUUCUGAACAAAUGGACGUCGACAAAGACACGAAAGUUUCAAUGGAAGAGCUCAUACAAUACCUAGAUCCAAGGCAUAAGCAACAUGCAGUUAAAGAAGCCGAUUAUCUCAUGUCUGUAGCCGACUCAGACCACAAUGGCGAACUAAGCGAAAAAGAAAUGAUCACAAACUAUAAAUUAUUUACGGGCAGCAGCAUGGCAAGCAGUCCGAAAAUACUGCACGAGGAAUUUUAGUGGAGAAUUUGGUCGCCAAACCUUUUUUUGGGCAAGGUAAUGACGUGUGAAUAAACUAGAAUACAACCAGUGCCCAGUGGUGUAACUUAACUGUUUUUACCACUUGCGAUUAGGGCAAGUUACACAUGAAAAUUAGUUGCCCGGAGUAAAAUUCACUUGCCAUCAGGUUUAGUUUUGUUUUCACAUAUUAGCAAAAGUUGAAGCGAAUGAUUGCAGUAAAGCCGGUUUUCAUUAAGCGGAAUUUUGCGCGCGGAGCGGAAUUUUUCUUUGUCUUGUGAUUUCUUGGAUGGAACUAUAAUUAGACAAGACAAAGAAAAAUUCCGCUCCGCGCGCAAAAUUCGACCCGCUUAAAGGCCAUUUUCAUUAACGUUCGCUUUGCCCGCGCGGGCCAAGCGUUCAUUGCUUUUGACGCCCGUCACGCCCGCGUAAGCAGAUUUUCAAAGCCCGCUCCGCCCACGCGGGCAAAGCGACUGCAAUGGAAACCGGCCUUAAUUGAUUGGUCAACAUUAAUUCUAAUAUCAAUUUUUUGUAACAAAAUCAUUUGGAGACUUCAUGGAGUGUUGAUUUCAGCUGAUCAACUAAUAAUGAAUCAAAAACAGAACGCAUAACAUAAACAAGCAAACAAUUUUGCGUAGCAUUUCAUUUCUGGCAAAAACAUUAAAACAAUUUGCCCGUAAUGAUUUUACUUGCCCCGGCAAGCGGGCAAGCGCUAAGUUACAUCGCUGACAACUUUACCUAUUAAAGGAUAUGGCAAUAAAAAAUAGUUUCUUUUAUUUGAAAGAGCUUUUAAAAUUAUGUGAAAAACUUAUUUACAGUUUCUUCAAAUGUUGUUUAUUAGUUCUUGAAAUAUUUUCAUUUAUAUCAUAAAUCAGUGAGCUGUCUGCCAUCUUGGAUUAUUCUAGACUUGCUCCUCUCUCUUUAUUGUCAUAUAGUAUCGGUCCACUAUAGUGCACAUUACAUGACGUAGCACGGAGGGGCAGAGCGAGAAAGAAAGACUUGUCAACUUCGGAAAAUCUCGGUUCAAAACUGAACCGAAAAUGCAAGACUUGCUUUAAUUGUUUUCUGUCAGUGUUUAUAUGUAUUGAUCUAGCACAGUGUAAAUAACAUGAGUUCCAAUAUAGUAAAUAAUACAGAAAGAAAUUGAAGGAAAAC